ACAUUUCGUGCGUUCUUAUGGACAUUUCAGUGUCUGUUAUAUGCACAUUAAUUUAGAGAGACAGAAGUUUUUCCUAAGGAAAAACGUCAGUGUUCACGACAAUGUUAUCAAUGAGCUAACUGCCAAGAAAGGGGUGCAUAAUUGUUAGCGGUCGCUAGCUAGAUAAGAUGAAGUUAUAAACUUUCUAAAAACAAUUGAUUUCACCUAGCCAAUCUUCCAAUAACAUCAAUAGGAAUACAACUGUGGCAAUGUAGCCACAUGGAUAGCUUGAGCUACUUAAGAGACUAGGUGUUUGAAUCCAGGGUUGCUUAAAGUUAACGGGUUGAUGGUGUCCAAUUAAAUAUGUUACCUUAGUUAACGUUAGCGGUAUAGUUACGGGCUGGACUCCUAUUGCUAGCUACUUGGAGUUCACUUUUUUCUUUACUGGCUGUUACCCGUUUGUUACCCCAGGACGAUGCAUCAGCUUACGUGAAGUGUUGUCGUGAGAUAGGAUAGCAGUAGACAUGGCAGACCUGCAGUCGGAGGCUCCCACCCAGCCCGAGCCCAUGGAGGCCGAGGAGCCCCUCCUGAGCAACCUGGACAUAUUACUCUUCUCCCUCAUCGCCGGCCUCGUCAUCUACUGGUUCACCUUCCGCAAGAAGCCGGAGCCCGUCCCCGAGUUCAAGAAGCUCGACACACCAGCUCCGACCGCCAGAGAAACGAGCUUCAUCGAGAAAAUGAGGAAAACCGGCCGGAACAUCGUGGUGUUCUACGGCUCCCAGACGGGCACGGCUGAGGAGUUUGCCAACCGGCUGUCUAAAGAUGCCCAGCGGUACGGCAUGAAGGGCAUGGCAGCCGACCCAGAGGAGUACGACAUGUCGGAGCUGUCUCGCUUGACGGAGAUGGACAACUCUCUGGCUAUCUUCUGCGUGGCCACCUAUGGGGAGGGGGACCCCACAGACAACGCACAGGACUUCUACGAUUGGCUGCAGGAGGGCGAUGCCGACCUGGACGGAGUCAACUUCGCUGUGUUUGCGCUGGGGAAUAAAACGUAUGAGCACUACAACGCCAUGGGCAAGUACGUGGACAAGAGACUCGAGGAUCUGGGGGCAAAGCGAGUGUUUGACCUCGGCAUGGGGGAUGACGAUGGCAACCUGGAGGAAGACUUCGUCUCCUGGAGGGAGCAGUUCUGGCCUGCUAUGUGUGAGCACUUUGGUGUGGAGGCCACGGGCGAGGAGUCCAGCAUCCGUCAGUAUGAGCUGAAGGUGCACGACGAUCUGAACAUGAACAAGGUGUACAGCGGAGAGAUGGGCCGACUCAAGAGCUUUGAGAACCAGAAGCCGCCCUUUGAUGCUAAAAACCCCUUCCUGGCCCCAGUGACUGUGAACCGCAAACUCAACAAGGGGGGCGACCGGCACCUCAUGCACCUGGAGCUGGACAUCAGCGGCUCGAAGAUCAGGUAUGAGUCAGGAGAUCAUGUGGCUGUUUAUCCCAUCAAUGACACGGCUAUCGUGAACAAGCUGGGCGCUGUCCUCGGGGUGGACCUCGACACCGUUAUCUCUCUCAACAACCUUGAUGAGGAGUCCAAUAAGAAGCACCCGUUCCCCUGUCCCACCACCUACCGCACAGCCCUGACCCACUACCUGGACAUCACACACCCGCCCCGCACCAACGUGCUCUAUGAGCUGGCGCAGUACGCCUCCGACCCCAAGGACCAGGAGAACAUGCGCAAGAUGGCCUCCUCCUCCCCCGAGGGCAAGGCGCUCUACCAGAGCUUCGUGCUGGACGCGAGCAGGAACAUCCUGGCCAUCCUGGAGGACACCCCGUCCCUGAGGCCGCCCACGGACCACCUGUGUGAGCUGCUGCCCCGCCUGCAGGCGCGAUACUACUCCAUCGCCUCCUCCUCCAAGGUGCACCCCAACAGCAUCCACAUCUGUGCCGUGGUGGUGGAGUACCGGACGAGCACGGACCGCACCAACCAAGGCGUGGCCACCAACUGGCUGAAGCACAAGAUGCCCACCGCCAACGGGCACAAGUCCACGGUGCCCAUGUACGUGCGCAAGUCCCAGUUCCGCCUGCCCUUCAAGGCCAGCAACCCCGUCCUCAUGAUCGGGCCGGGCACGGGCAUCGCCCCCUUCAUGGGCUUCAUCCAGGAGCGCGGCUGGCUCAAGGAGCAAGGAAAAGAGGUUGGAGAGACGGUGCUGUACUACGGCUGCCGGCACAAGAACGAGGACUACCUGUACCAGGAGGAGCUGGAGGAGUUUGAGAAGAUGGGGGUUCUGACCAAGCUCAACGUGGCCUACUCCAGAGACACGGCUGAAAAGGUGUAUGUUCAGCACCUCUUGAAGAACAACAAAGAGGAGCUCUGGAACCAGGUUCACACCAACAGUGCACAUAUCUACAUCUGUGGGGAUGCUCGUAACAUGGCGCGAGACGUCCAGGCAGCGUUCCACGAGAUUGCUGAGGAGUUUGGAGGACUGACGCACACCCAGGCCACCGACUACGUGAAGAAGCUGAUGACCAAGGGCCGCUACUCGCAGGAUGUGUGGAGCUAAACGGCUCUCCUUCAGCAGCCUCCUCUCUCUCUCCUCCCCCUU